GUUAUCUUCUCAACAACGUGAGUUACGUGUGCGGAAAAAUCUCAGAAGAAAAAUAUUUUUGUGAAUUAAAAUUAAAUAUUUGCGGAGUGAUUUAAGUGCAAAAAUUCGUAAAAAAAAACGUUCAAAUAAAUGGCUUCAACGGCGUUGCUUAAUCACUAUGAGGAUAAAAAUCUUCAAUUGCAAGCUCUGGCUCAGUUUAGGGAGUGGAUAGAGAAGGAUGAGAAGAUCAAGAAAUGUCGCAUCGACACGGAUUUCCUUUUGCGCUUUCUGCGAACGAAGAAAUUCUCCAUAACCGAAGCCCAUCAACACUUACGGAAUUAUUUAACAACGAGAAAAAUCCUUCCACAUAUCUUUGAAAAUCUCACUGCGAAAGAUCCCGAUAUUGAGCACUUGAUCCUCAGUGGAAUGGUUACGAUUCUCCCGGAACACGAUGCCCAGGGCAGCCCAGUUCUGCUCUUUCAAGCUGAUAAUUUCAAUCCCAAAAGGAAUACCCUUCUUCACGCCAUGAGGACGGUUAAUUUUGUCUUUGAGAUCGUCAGUCGCGAUGAAAAAGCCCAAAUUUGCGGAAUAACGUUAAUUUUUGAUUGUUCAAAUGUUAAUUUGGACAUUUUGACCCUUUUCCGCGUGAAUCAUCUCAAGGAAAUUGCGCAAUGCUUGCAGAAAACUUUCCCAGUACGUAUUCGUGUAAUUUACUUCGUCGACCUGCCCCCGUAUGCAACAGCACUCCUCAACAUCUUCAAGUCAUUCCUCAGUGAGAAGCUGAGAAAACGCCUCAAACUCGUUAGUGGAUGGAAAGGUGUUAAACAGGAUGUUGGUGCAUCAAUUCUACCAAAAGAAUUUGGCGGGAAAAUUCCCAAUGCUGAGAUAUUUAGAACCUUCAGGGAUAAAGCUUUGGAGCUUCAUGAAGAAAUUCUCGCACUCAAUGAUUUUGAUGUAGAAUUGGCCAAUAAUUCAAUGAACUUUGCCAAUCCCGGUGAUUCAGAGCUUGAUUCAGCCAUUGUGGGGAGUUUUCGAAAGAUUCAAGUUGAUUGAAUUUUUAUUCUUAAACAGGUGUUUAAGUUAAGAUUAAAGCGGGAGUUGGUUAAUAAAGUUUUAAGUAACAAAUUGAA